AUAAAUACAACAUUCGUCAAAACGUUGCUAAAAUCAAAAUAAUGCAUGAAUGAUGACCAAACAAUAGCAAGAAUGCCAGAAAGUUUCGUGCUUAAAGUUUCCAAAAAAUGCCUAACACUAAGAAUUUGUAAAACAUACACAAAAAUUAGUUGUUUUCAAAUUUCAUUUUUUUAAAUUUUAUUUUAUUUUUUACUGUUUUUGGUUGUAGAUUGUAAUGGUUAGUGGCAGUUCCCUUAGUUCCCGGUUUUUACAAUGUCGGGGGUUUUUUCGUUGCUGUAGUAACAACAGAUGUUAGCCGUUAGCUCAACUCCCGGCUCUGCUUUAGCGGCAAGAUGGCGGCUCCCGUCCCCGUGGUUCGCUGCUUAUAUCUGCGUCUUUAACAGUGGUUAGUAGCCACGCUACAACCACAAACUCUAUUGCACGGAGCAGCGUUUUCGUCCCACGGCAGGCGUUGACUGUACGCAAACGUUUGCUCAAAUCCGUGUCGUCGGUGCAACAGCCUUCGGAUUUGUACCAACUCCACUCAGCAGUGUUCACCGGGGAAAAUGGCGGAUUGUUCGCUUUCUGUUUGUAGGCUAACGGUUAACAGCUAAAGAACUGUCCUUCGUGUCUGAACUUUAGACGUAUAGACAGUUUGUUUUAUGCCUGGCUUUUGUCUGUCGUUCCAAUUAGCUUUAUCGUGAAACCAUUUUCACUGUUGCCGGCACAGUCAUUGCAACUGCCUGUAGAAAGAACUGGGGCUAGUUAGCCACUGAGCUAGAUAGCAGGCUAAUGAUAGACUGCUAGGAGGAAACGAUUGGGUACCACAAAACUGUUAACAUAGCGGAUUCCUUUUCUGCGUGACUCCGGAUAGGAAGUGGAUCAUGACAUCCGAUGUCUUCCCGGCGGUGGUGCAACCGCGUUGGAAGCGAAUAAUUGGUUGGACUGGGCCGGUGCCCCGACCUCGACAUGGGCACCGAGCAGUGGCCAUCAAGGAGCUAAUGGUAGUGUUUGGAGGAGGAAAUGAGGGCAUCGUUGAUGAGCUGCACGUCUACAACACAGCUACCAACCAAUGGUUCAUUCCUGCAGUGCGGGGUGACAUCCCCCCUGGGUGUGCUGCUUUUGGUUUUGUGUGUGAUGGGACAAGGUUGCUGGUUUUUGGAGGGAUGGUGGAGUAUGGCAAAUAUAGCAAUGACCUAUAUGAACUGCAGGCUAGUCGGUGGGAGUGGAAACGUCUGAAGGCCAAAGCUCCUAAAAAUGGACCGCCCCCCUGUCCCCGCUUGGGGCACAGCUUCUCUCUGAUUGGUAGUCGCUGUUAUCUAUUUGGAGGACUAGCUAAUGACAGUGAGGAUCCUAAGAAUAACAUUCCCAGGUACCUGAACGACCUGUAUUGUCUUGAGCUACGUCCUGGCACCAGUGUCGUGGGCUGGGACAUCCCAUUGACGUCAGGUCAACCCCCUCCACCAAGAGAGAGUCACACCGCUGUGGUCACAGGCAGCCAUGGCUCCAGCAAACUAAUCAUUUAUGGAGGGAUGAGUGGCUGCAGGCUGGGCGACUUAUGGAUGCUGGACAUAGACACGAUGACGUGGUCAAAACCGUCCUUGAGUGGCUCCUCCCCACUUCCUCGCAGUCUGCACUCUACCACUGUCAUCAAAAACAAAAUGUACGUGUUUGGAGGUUGGGUUCCUUUGGUAAUGGAUGAUGUUAAGGUGGCAACACAUGAGAAGGAGUGGAAGUGCACAAAUUCACUGGCCUGUCUCAACCUGAACACGUUGGGCUGGGAGACUGUUUUGAUGGACAGCGAGGAGGAGAAGAUUCCUCGAGCUCGAGCAGGACACUGCAGUGUUGCCAUUAAUUCCAGACUUUACAUCUGGAGUGGUAGGGACGGAUACAGGAAGGCAUGGAACAACCAGGUCUGCUGCAAGGACCUCUGGUACCUGGAGACAGAGCGUCCUGCUCCUCCAUCUCGUGUCCAGCUGGUCCGAGCCAAUACCACAUCUUUGGAAGUGAACUGGGGUCCAUCGCAAACAGCUGACACUUACCUGCUGCAGCUGCAAAAGUAUGACAUUCCAGCUGCACCUUCGUCGAGUCCCACCCCCCAGAGUCCCAUCACGGCCAAUCAGACCACUUCAGCUCUGUCAGGCCUCACUCUGGUUCCCUCCCCUGCUGCAUCAGUCUCUGCAGCAAUGAAGGCUCCAGCUGUCCUCAAGGUGGCAGCAACCCCAGGUACAACAGGCGCAGCCUCCAUUGUCACUCUUCGACAGACCUCACACAAAUCCCCAGCUGCUGUGGCAACACUUCCUGCAGGAGUUCGAAUGGUGUUACCUACUCAGCCAGGAACACUCACAGGAAGCAUUCCUCAGAUGAGUGGCAUGGCAGCACUAGCUGCUGCAGCUGCUGCAACUCAGAAGAUCCCUUCUUCCUCAGCAGCAGCUACAGCCCUAAACAUCCCAACAGCAGCCAGUGUUAUGAAAACAGUGGCUGUGAGUCCAGGAUCUGUCAGCCUGCCUGUGAAAGUAGCUUCUCCUGUUACCAUGGUUUCCAACCCAGCCACAAGGAUUUUAAAAACUGCCGCUGCUCAGGUGGGUGGAGUCACAGUCAUCCCUACCCCUGUGACACAAACGCGACCACUUAUUACAGUCCACAAGUCUGGUACAGUGACAGUCUCCCAGCAGGCUCAGGUGGUCACAACAGUGGUGGGUGGAGUCACAAAGACAAUCACCUUGGUGAACAGUCCACUCAAUAUGGGAGGAGGAGGAUCUCUGAUUGGGAACCUUGGUAAAGUGAUGUCAGUGGUCCAGACCAAACCCGUUCAGACUGGGGCAGUCACUGCUCAGGCUGCAGGUGGCACUGUGGCCCAGAUCAUUCAGACAAAGGGUGGUCUUCCAGCAGGAACUAUUCUGAAGCUGAUGACAACAGCAGAUGGUAAACAAACCAUCAUUGGUACCACACAGGGUGGAUCCACUUCCAACAAACCCACCAUCAUCAAAACUAUACCAAUGUCAGCACUGCAAGGCGGGGCAGGGAAAAGUCCAAUUACUAUCCUCACAACCAAGGUGGUUUCACCAGGAACAAUGGGAAAAAUCAUCACUACUGUCCCAAAGAUUACCACAGGAGGACAGCCAGGGCUCACACAGGUUGUGUUGAAAGGUUCUCCAGGUUCACCUGGAACAAUCCUUAGAACUGUUCCAAUGAGCGGUGUCCGACUUGUAUCGCCUGGAAGCAUCUGCAAUAAACCCGGGGUCACCACUCUUGUGGUCAAGGCAACAACAGCAGGCAUGUCUAGUCUGGGAACAGUCGCAGGAAACGUCUCGACCUCUGUGGCAGGUGGUGCCAUUGCUGCUGCCCACGCCUCUUUGGCCACACCUGUAACCACUCUAGCAACCAUUGCUACAUUGGCCAGUCAGGUUACCGCGGCAACUGCAGCAGUACCAAAGCAGGUUACAUUGAUUACAACUCCAAGUGGUGCUGAAGCUCAGCCACUGGUCCAGGAUCUGCCAGUCUCCAUCAUGGCAUCUCCUACUUCUGAAGAACCAGGAAGUACAACAAGCACUGUGACAGUGACAGUUGCAGAUGGUGCUGUCUGUUCAAACCCACCAUGUGAAACUCAUGACACUGGCACCACCAGCACUUUCACUGUGGCUUCAGCAACUAUGGGUGGAGACAGAGUUUGUUCCAACCCUCCCUGUGAGACUCACGAGACCGGAACCACAAACACAGCAACAACAUCAGGAGUUGGAGGCCUCAGACAGGUUUGUUCAAAUCCUCCAUGUGAAACUCAUGAGACUGGAACCACCAACACAGCGACAACAUCAGGAGUUGGAGGCCUCAGACAGGUUUGUUCAAAUCCUCCAUGUGAAACUCACGAGACUGGAACCCCCAACACAGCCACAACAUCAGGAGCUGGAGGACUCAGACAGGUUUGUUCAAAUCCUCCAUGUGAAACUCACGAGACUGGAACCACCAACACAGCCACAACAUCAGGAGCUGGAGGACUCAGACAGGUUUGUUCAAACCCUCCAUGUGAGACUCAUGAGACUGGGACUACAAAUACAGCAACCACAGCUACAGCUCAGCCAGGUGGAGGUGUUCUACAGGAGGACACGACAGGUCCAUCUUCUGAUCAAGCAUCAUCCACAAUUGCCGGUCAAUGCAGGGCUGUGACCACUGUGACACAGGCCACACCCACCCCUGGACCCUCCAUACCUGAGAUCACAUCAUUGGUUCGUGAAGAGAGAGAACAGUCUUCAGAGGCAGAAGUUGUAGCAGUGAUGACACCGUCUGCAGAGGAGGAGGAGGAACAGGCACAGGGCAGUACAGUGAUGAUGUCAUCAGAAGCAACCAUGCUACAGGUUCAGAUGGAGAGCAAUGACACAGCGGUGGCCACACAGAUGGAGACGUCAGACAGUGGCCUCCCUCAAGAGCUUAUGUCUUCAGAAGGAGAUGACAGCUCUGCAACAACAACACUAAUGGUGACAGGACUGACGGCCGAUCAGUUGACUCUUAGUGGAGAUGCAGCUCAGCAGGCAACAAUUCAGGCUGUGCUGCAGGCUGCAGGAGAAGGAGAUAUUUCUGUGGACCAGUCAAUCCCUAUUGUUCUGACUCAGCAGGACCUCGCUGCCUUGGUGCAGCAGCAGCUUCAAGAUGUCCACAGUCGAAUGGAACCUGAACCCGAACCUGAACCCAGUAAUGUCCCCACAGAGGGUCUUGCACCGGCUGACAGUCUCAACGACCCCACAGCGGAUGGCAAUGCUCAUGAGCUGACACCUUCAGCAGUAACCAGUGCUGUCGCCCGAUUGGCUAGUACAUUCAGCCCUGCCCCUGCUUUGACAGCGGGACCAAUUAAAAUUCAGACUGCGACUUCGAGUGAGGGGACCAAUGGGAUUGCAACAACCACAUCUACGAAGUCAUCAAGUGAAGACAGUCAAUGGUUUGAUGUUGGCAUUGUUAAAGUCACCAACAUGGUUGUUUCUCACUACUUCGUUCCCUAUGAUGGAAAUGCGGUUGAUGAUGACUCAGGCAUCCCUCCUGACUACAACCAAAUGAAGAAGGUGGAGCUUCAGCCAGGAACUGCCUACAAGUUCCGUGUGGCAGGAAUAAAUAUCUGUGGCCGUGGUGCCUACUCCGAGGUUUCAGCAUUUAAAACGUGUUUGCCUGGUUUCCCAGGAGCCCCCAGUGCCAUUAAAAUCAGCAAGAAUCUGGAUGGUGCCCAGCUGACCUGGGAGCCUCCAGCUGUCACUUCAGGCCGAAUCGUAGAGUACUCUGUUUACCUGGCCAUCCACUCCAGCCAGGCAACUCCAGCCUCCAGCUCAGGCCCCGCACAGCUUGCCUUUAUGCGGGUUUAUUGUGGUGCCAGCCCAUCCUGCUUAGUCCAGGCUUCCAGCCUAGCUAAGGCCCACAUAGACCAUACUACCAAAUCUGCCAUCAUCUUCCGCAUCGCUGCCCGCAACCAGAAGGGCUAUGGCCCGGCCACACAAGUCCGGUGGCUUCAAGAAACGGGUAAAGACACGAAAAUGGCCGUUAAGAGGGGAGGGACUUCUGAUAUGAAAUCUGUUGGACCAAAGAAGUUCAGGACUGACCAGUAAGAGUAUAACAUGGUGAUUGUGAUUGACUACCAGAGCCAUGAAGAAGUGAGGCUUUGGCUACAUCUUGUCCCAGGAGGGAACAGCGAAAUAAAAGACUUUCGGUAUAUUUGUAUAUUAUUGACUAAUUCGGGUCUAGAUGUUUUGAUGGAAUGCAAAGGGUAGAGUUUGGAUGUGAUGAUAUAACAGGAACGAUAAAGUUUAGUUAGUGGAACGUCGGAAAAAUCAUUGCUUUGAAGUACAUGUUUUUGGCUUAUGUCAGGAAGGACCAGGGGAGGAUUGAUCGUGCUCUCAUGUAGAUAUUUUUCUUUGUACUUCUUUUUUAUAUAUAUAUUAAACAUCCAUAAGAAGAACGUUUUCUGAAUUUUCUGAUGUUAGGCAACAAUCGACUGAUUGUCAGUUGCUCUGUUCUCUGAAACAAUAAAGAUUUUUAGAGCA